AUGUCUGUCGCCAUUACCCAGCUAGGAGACCGGGUUGACCCUAACGAAAUCGACCAUACGAAGCCCUCGGCACUCAAUGGAGAUGUGGAUAUUUCUGCUGAAGGAGGGACCUGGAAGCGCUACGUUUGGGAUUCCUUUGACCGGUCCCCUGAAGAAAGACAUCUUCUGUUCAAGCUUGAUGCACUCUUGAUUACUUUUGGAUGCCUGGGCACCUUUAUCAAGUAUAUUGACAAAUCGAAUCUUCAAUCGGCUUACGUUUCGGGCAUGGAACAGGACCUUAAGCUCUAUGGGAAUCAACUCAAUUAUGCCGUAACCUGCUAUAGCGUUGCCAACAUCAUAGGUCUUUGGCCCUCUAACCUUGCUCUAACUCGAACCAAUCCGAGAUAUUUCAUCCCGCUCAUCGAGCUGGGGUGGACAAUUGCAACAUUCACGCAAGCUGCGAUGAAAACACCGCUUCAGAUGUAUGUGAUUCGAACUAUCGUCGGCCUAUUUGAGACAGGUCACUACUCUGCAAUUGUGUAUAUCUGCGGUGCCUGGUAUCAGAAAGGCGAAUUGUCCAAACGUCUAGCCAUCAUCAAUUGUGCGACUGCCAUUGGACCUAUGUUCAGUGGCUACCUACAGGCAGCGGCAUACGAUGGACUGAACGGUGUUCAUGGGAUGGCAGGCUGGCAAUGGCUUUUCAUAAUCGACGGCAUAAUAUCCCUCGGUAUUCUCAUACCGCAAUUCUUCCUCUUCCCAGACGUCCCAGCUCGCCAAAAGCCUGACUGGAUCUUCAGUGCACAGGAUAUCGAACUCGCUCGCGACAGGAAUCCCAGGGAAGGGCGAAUUAAACAAGGACGAUUUACUCUGAAGCAAAUGAAACGUUGGAUCUUCACGCCAAGUAUAUGGCUGCUUUGGGGAAUUUCAAUCGGAAAUUCUAUAGGAAACUAUCCUUCAAAUUCUAUGGCGUUCUGGUUCAAGGCGUGGAAUACGAUCAAACCUGGCUCGUAUACCGUCGCUCAAAUCAAUAAUUAUCCCACCCCUAUUCAAGCGAUUACUGUGGUCAUCACGAUCGGCAUGGCAUGGUCAAGUGAUACAUGGCUCAAAGGGCGUCGUUGGCCCAUGCUUGUGCUUGGAGGUGUUGUCAACGGCAUCGUUUGCAUAUUGCUCGGAGCGACCCCUGUCUUCCCCAAGAACAAGGCAUUUCGGUGGUUCUUAUACUACCAAACAGGCUGGGGCCAGGCAAGUAAUAGCAUGUUUUGGGCAUGGACACAGGAGAUCUUAAUCGGAGAUCCAGGAACUCGCGCAUUUGCAUCAGCUGGACUCAACGUCUGGGCGUGGGUGUUUAUUGCCACCGUCCCUCUUGCCGUCUUUCAAACCGUCGAUCAACCGGCAGUCGUCUCCGGUAACUACACAGCGGCUGGAUUUAAUUUCGCAAUCGCCAUUUUUGCGUUGAUCCUGGCAUACAUGCGCCAUCAAGAAAGUAAAGGUUUGGGAUCGGAGCGCCAGCAAGAUGGCAUUGACUUUGAAGAACAAUCCGGAGAGACAUCCGGUAGGGAGACGACGCCGACGGUGAAGAUCCCUGCCAGUAACGUGUCAGCAAUAUCUUGA